UGUAGCUGCAGCGUCCAGGCUGCAAGAGAUUGAGCGGGGCAAAACGGUCGAAUUCAUCUCGAGAAGUAUUUGGAUGAACCAACCCCCCCGAAACGAUUACGCUACCAGUCGAGCAUCAGCAGCGCAAACAUGGGCAGUUAUUUUUCCUCACAGCGCGAACACGGGCCCAAGAGCGAUACACGACAUACAACCGAAACGGGACCGUUUUGUGUGGUUUGUGGUGGGCCGUUUGAUAUUGAAGGCGAGGUUUACAAUAUCGAUCCUAAAGACCCGCAAUUCCAAUGGCUAUAUCAUCUUCGUCUUAUUGGCAACGCCGACGAUGUAUACCACCAUGUGGUAGCUAGUGAUGGACACGUACCUGUCAACACCUUUGAUCAGUCCGAAGUUUUUGUCUCUGGGCCUGCCCGUUUUAGUCUUACUGGAUCUGGGUUUUACCACGUUGCUGGAUAUAAUGGACAAAACGAUAUCUGGGUCGACGCUCUCUCACACAUUCCCGGCUCUGGGACCCUGUUCCCAUUGCACGACUGCUGCUUGGAUAUAAGCUGUAGAGCUAUCGAGUAUCACCAUUCUAAACAGGAAGAGUGCGAUGACAAGACAGCUCUCGAAGUAUUAGUUCAGCUACUCAACAGUUGCUUCACUGAACGACAGAUCCAAGACGGGUCGCUUAGGUCAAUCAAUGAUCUGUUCAAUCUGUCUUCCCAGUGUAGCGUCUAUGGACCUAGAAGCGUACUAGCUCUGACGAAACUGGAGUGGUGGGGAGGCGGUUACGACCGUUUCUUCACCAACCCCAUCGAGCGAGUCGAUACCACUGCUUUUGUGCAAAGGGUCCUGCAGAGCUCGCCGCGCACCAGAGAUGAACCUAAGUUCACCGAAAUACCAGCUCGCAAGCACCAGAACUUGGAGCGUCUUCCAAAAGAACUCCUGGAUGAGGUGUGCAGCUACCUGCCGAUCCCAUCAACCGUAGCGCUUCACCGAACUUCCAAGAUACUCGCGUUACAGAUCCCGCUUGACUCCACCUUCUGGCGCAACAGUCUUGGUGACGGGAGCUUACAUCCCCAUAUCUGGGACCUGGACACGAAGCGGAUCGAGCAGCAGUUGCCGCACCCUGACAUAGCACCUCUGGAUCCAACAACUUCUUGGGACUGGAGGUGCGCAGCCAAAAUUCUUGCAAUGAAGCGCUUUCCUAUCAGUGAGUGUGAUGACCGCUUGGUCGAUGUGCCCGCUGGCUUCUGGAAUCGAUGUAGGAUAUGGGCUACUAUCGAGGAAGCACUACAUCAAUACGUCUUUGAGUGAGAAACUACCUAAGUUCCGAUGAUAGCAUCAAGACUCCUGGUACAUCAGGAUAUCUGUAUCUUUACAAGAUUCUUUGUCUAUAUUUUUAGGCGCAUCUAAUCUAGUGUUCGCACCUCUCGACGCCGCCAUCCCACAACCACCUACACGUUCUUUCUCCGUACAUAUACCCACACGCCUUCACGGCUUCGCCAUAACCGCAACAAACUUAUCCCAACUAUCACCAAACUUCUCAUAGAACUCAGACGCCGCACUCGUCACAAAUAGGUACGCCGCCUUCUUGCGCAGCGCUCUCGUCAGACCCUCAACCUCCUGUUCUGGGACCGAAUGCACCAUAUACGCCGCACGCUCGCGCCCAUAUGGCGAUGUUGCAAGCCACUCCUGAUACUCCUUGGACACAAAAUGCGCAUACGACGUCUCCACCACAACCGUAACAUCCGGCCCCGGAGCCGCCAAUCCCUUAUUCACCGCCGUCCCCGGAUUAUGAAUAAC